AUGCGACUCCUAGACACCACAACAUUCGAGCUGCGCCUAGAUAGCCAGGAGUUCUUCCAGGCAGAAGGCUACGCGAUCCUGUCGCACCGCUGGGUUGGCGCAGAAAUCACCUUUGACGAGAUCGCUCAGUAUGCGCCGAGCCUACGGGACGCAGGCGAGCAGGGCAUGAAGUCGCCCCAGCUGGACAAGAUCCGCGGGGCAUGCGAGAUCGCGCGCAAGCAGGGGUUCCGGUGGAUGUGGAUCGACAACUGCUGCAUCAACAAGUCGAGCGCGACCGAGGAGGCCGAGUCCAUCAACUCCAUGUUCAAGUGGUACCGGGACGCGCGCGUGUGCAUCACGUACCUGUCCGACGUGAGGAGCGGCGUCUCGCCUGACCCACCAGAGUACGAGGCCGUCAUAGAACCAAGUAUGAAGAAGAGCCAGCCCUCCGAGAAGCAGACACAAGACCGCGUCUUUCAGCGCUUCGACCGCGACGAGCCAUCCGAGUGGUUUUCGCGCGGCUGGACGCUGCAGGAGCUGCUCGCGCCGCGCGACAUGGACUUCUACGACACGGACUGGAAAUACAUCGGCACAAAAACAUCGCUUGCUACGCAGAUCCAGCACAUCACGGGGAUCGACGCCGACUACUUGACGGGCGCGCGGCACUUCCGCAAGGCGUGCAUAGCCACCAAGAUGAGCUGGGCCGCAGGACGCACGGCGACGCGGGUAGAGGACAUAGCCUACAGCCUGUUCGGUCUGUUCAGCAUCACCAUGACUCCGCAGUACGGCGAGGGCCCGCGCGCCUUCAUGCGCCUGCAGCAAGAGCUCCUGGCCACCACCGAGGACGAGUCCCUGUUCGCGUGGAGGAUGCCUGCGCCGGCGGCCGGGGACCGGUAUGAUAUCGAGCGGAGCGCCGAGACGACGUGGAGCUCCGACGAGUGGGGCCUACUGGCGCCGUCGCCGGACUGGUUCCGGGGGUGCGGGAACGUCACGAUCGAGCGCGGGCCGAUGAUCCAGCGGCCUGCUAGGGCGUUCCACAUGGGCCGGCAGGGCAUCGUGAUUCCGACCAUGCCGUCCGAGCAGUUCAACAAGUACAAGCUCCUGCUCCUCUUUUCGCCGCUGCUGACCAUAGGUGCGAUCCCGGUCUGGAUCUACGUGAUCAAGAAGCUGAAGAAGAAAGCCCAGGAGGGUGUCCCAUUCACACUCAACUGCUGGCCCACGGAGGGCCCCGACACCGCGGCGGCUGUGUCGGUCUACCUUGCCAUGCUGCCUGAUCCUGUCAGCUCGUACGCUGGGGACCAGGAGUACAAGUUCAAGAGGACCCGGUGCUCUGAGCUGCCACUGGUCGGCAAUUGA